UCGCGUGGAGGAAUUGAACAAACUCAUCCAAGAAUUCACCAGGCACGACCAACGGGAAUACGACGACCAGAGAGCGCUGGAGAUCCACACGGCCAAGGAUUUCAUCUUUUCCAUGCUGGGUACUGGGAAAUUGACCCUGGGCUUUCAGGCGCUGCCAGCAAGCACAUUUAACCACUGAACCAUCUCCCCAGCCCAUCAAAGGAAUUUCUGAUGAGCAAGUUUCUCUUCUCUUUUGAGGAAGUUCUAGCAUUAUUCACUUGAUACAUUGGGCACAUGGGGAAGCCCACAUCCACUCUGGUCGCUCUCAGCAGGAUGACUCAACUCCAGAAGAGCUUGGGCCACUGUGGGAAGGAAUGGUGCAAAAGCUGGACCAAAAGCUUCCAGUGGCUAAUGAAUACCUCUUGCUCUCCGGAGGAGUCCGGGAGGGCGUGGUGGACCUGGACUUAGACGAUCUAAAUGUCUAUGCCCGGGGCACUGACUACGACAUGGACUUCACCCUUCUGGUGCCAGCUCUGAAGCUGCACGACCGUAAUCAGCCUGUGACCCUCGACAUGCGCCACUCAGCCUUGUGCCACUCGUGGCUGAGCCUUCGGCUCUUCGAUGAGGGGACAAUCAGUAAGUGGAAAGACUGCUGCACCAUUGCAGAUCACAUCAACGGUGCCACCAACUACUUCUUCUCUCCUACCAAAGUGGCCGACUGGUUCUAUGACUCGAUCAGCAUCGUCUUAUCAGAAAUACAGAAGAAGCCUCAGCGAGGGAUGCCGAAAGUAGAAAAGGUCGAAAAAAACGGGACCAUCAUCUCCGUCAUCCUGGGCGUGGGCAGCAGCCGCAUGCUGUAUGAUAUCGUCCCCGUGGUGUCUUUCAAAGGCUGGCCUGCGGUGGCCCAGAGUUGGCUCAUGGAGAACCAUUUCUGGGACGGGAAAAUCACCGAGGAGGAGGUCAUCAGCGGGUUUUACCUGGUGCCUGCUUGCUCCUACAAGGGGAAGAAGGACAAUGAGUGGCGGCUCUCCUUUGCCAGGAGCGAGGUACAGUUGAAGAAAUGCAUCUCCAGCAGUCUCAUGCAGGCGUACCAGGCCUGCAAAGCCAUCAUCAUCAAACUCCUGUCCAGGCCCAAGGCCAUUAGCCCCUAUCACCUGCGGAGCAUGAUGCUCUGGGCCUGCGACAGACUUCCUGCCAACUACUUGGCUCAAGAGGACUAUGCUGCCCACUUUUUACUGGGCCUCAUCGACGACCUGCAGCACUGUCUGGUCAACAAGAUGUGUCCUAAUUACUUCAUCCCUCAGUGCAACAUGCUGGAGCACCUGUCGGAGGAGACCGUCAUGCUCCACGCCCGGAAGCUGUCCUCCGUGCGCUCGGAUCCCGCCGAGCACCUGCGCACCGCCAUCGAGCACGUCAAGGCUGCCAACCGGCUGACGCUGAAGCUCCAGCGACGGGGCAGCACCACCAGCAUCCCCUCCCCGCAGUCCGACGGAGGGGACCCCAACCAGCCUGACGACCGGCUGGCCAAAAAACUGCAGCAGCUAGUGACUGAGAAUCCGGGGAAGUCCAUCUCAGUCUUUAUUAAUCCUGAUGAUGUCACAAGGCCUCAUUUCAGAAUUGAUGAUAAAUUUUUCUGAAUGUGUUGCUGAUUUUUUUUUUUCCCCCUCCUCCUGGUUCUAAACCUUUCAUGUUUAUGUAGUGUGGUUUGUGAUUCUGACUUUUUUUUUUUUUUUAAACAUAUCCAACUUAGAUCGGAUCUGUGAAGAACACGUUUUAAGUUUCCUGGUGCAGCAGAAUUGACGCAGGCGCUGAAGCGGUUACUUCUGUUUCAUAUUCUGCCUCGGUUUUGUGUUCAUGUGUUCUAGUUAUCGCCAUAGAGUUUUGCUUGUCAGGUUUUUAUUGUUUUAUUUUUUUAAGGAGAACUUGAGCCAUAGUUGAAAAUGCCCAUGAAUCCUUGCUUUUGUUUUGUUUCAUACUUUCUGCAAGUUUGUUAAAAUGGGUCUUGAGAAACAAAUCUCUUUCUGCAAUGUAAGAAUUUGAUGAUAGUUUUGGUUUUGAUCCUUAUUUUUUAAGCGUUUUCACCACUGUGGAUCUUUGAGACUCCUUUGACCCUGGGAACUGCUCUGCAUGCUGGCUGAGGAGACCCUUUGCCUGGCAGCCAGCGGAGUGUCCCUCCCCGCUUCUCACUGAACACUGGAAACUUGGGACACUUUGGAGCAACUUCACUGAAUGUAAUUGUCUCAAAUCAGCAAACAUAGGCUGGCUUGGAGGGGUAUUUGAUAGCUUUCCUGACAGAACUGAAAUUUCCAAAUGUUAGUUUAGUAUGUGUAAUGAUUUGAAGCCUUAUUUAAACCCUGUUAAAGAACAUGCCAUUAUAAUCGUUAUUUGCACUAAUGAUGUCUUUGCCAUUGCCAUCGUUGUGAUGUGUUUCGGUGUAAGUCAGCGUCCCCUUGAAAUGUCGCCAUUUUCCAUGUCACCCAUUCCUCUCAGCCUAGAAUGAUGCUUUGCAUUCCUCCCAUUCUGCUUUAAUUGUGAGGAUCAGUUUUGCCCUCUUUGAUAUUCCUAGUUCCUAUCUUACUGAAAGAAGUUUUUAAAGCUUUAUACCUGUUCAUUGACUCUAAGGCUGGGGAAGAUAUACUUGAUAAAUUAGGUAUCUUUCUAUUUAUUUCCUUUUGGAGUUUUCGAUGCGUUUUCUUUUCUUUUUUUUCUUUUUUUCUUUUAUAAAGUCUCUUUAUUUCUCUCAAGAUCUAGAAGAAAAUCGGUGGAAAGAAUGAGUUGCCCCCGACUUGAAGAUGCCAUGUGUGUUGGGAGCAGGUUUUACCACGCAGCGGGAACCAGGAAGGCUGUGGGUGGCUGUGCUGGAAAGGAGGUCUUGUCCCCACGACCAACACUGCUCACCAGCCGUAGGUGCUGCGGGGCACUGGAUCCUGCUUUGGUGUUUGAGCUGUCCAGGGGGCCUGCUGAUCUCCCACUGGAAGCCCAUGGUGUCUGCUAAUGGAAAAAUCGAGCAAUGUGGCAGUUUUGGUCUUGAAUGUCCAGGCUCAUAGGUUGACUUUUGGGUAAUUGGAAUCAGGCAUAUGUGGUCUUGGGGUUUUGCAUGGGAAUUAAUGUUAUGCUAAUAAAUUAAAAUGAAAUCUUUCAACAAUCUUAGGUCAAACACAAAAAUAAUAAUAAAAAGCUGAAACAUA